AUGGGCGCCGGCGCGGGGCGCGCGGGCGGCGUGCGCCACGUGCGCCGGAGCGCCGCUGGCGCUCGGGCGCCGUGGCAGCCUCGCGCGGCGUUCGCGGCCUGCGCCGCCGCCGCCGCCGCGCUCGUGGGCGCCGCCGUCGCGGCGGCGCUGCCGGCGGCCGCCGUCGGGGCGGCGGCGCCGCGCUGGGCGGCGCCGCUCGCCGGGGUGGGCCGCAGGCCGCGGGCGCCCGCCAGGGGCGCCGUCGCCUGCAGGACCGCCGCGCAGCUUCGGGAGCUGGCCGAGGGUGACACCGUGGUCGUCAUCGGGGCAUCCGGGAACGUGGGCAAGGUGGCUGCGCAGCGGCUCCUGGGCGAGUCCUUCCGUGUGCGCGCGGUGGUGAGGAGCGAGGCCUCGGGCGAGCGCCUUCGCCAGUUCCUGGGCCCGGGCCGCGCCGGCGAGGUCGAGAUCGUCGAGGCCAGCGCGGCACAGGCGCCCCAGGGGCUGCCGGCGGUGUUCCGCGGCGCCGCGGCGGCGCUGGUGUGCACCGGCGUCUCCGCGCUCCCCACUGGACUCUGGGCGGGCGGGGGCGUGGCUCCCGACGACGUGCCCAGCCGCUUCUGGGAGGCGCUCAGCGGAAACGGCUUCGACGUCCGCAGGGCAGUGGACGAGCUCACCGCCGCGGGCCUCAACACGCCGGACGCCGUCAACAACCGAGGCCUCAGCGCCAUCGCCCGCGCGGCGGGCGAGGCCGCCGAGGCUGGGACGUUCAAGCGGCUGGUGCUGCUGUCGAGCAUCGGCGUGUCGGAGGAGCGCCGGCGCGGCUUCCCGUUCUCGAUCCUCAACGUCGCGGGCGUGCUGGACUCGUUCGCGGCGGGCGAGGCCUCCAUCCGGGCCGCGGCGGCGCAGAGCGGCUUCAGCUACACCAUCUCGGCGGUGCAGAUGUGGGGGGCGGGGUGGCGGGCUAUUUGGGCACCGCCUUCCAGCUCGACCUCGACGCCUCCACCAAAGCGGUGGAGCUUUCGCGGGGGGAUCAGGCCAAGGGGGACACGCUCCGGUCGGCGCUCUCGGAGGUCCUCGUCCAGGCUCUCAAGAGCCCCGCGACCCACAACACCGACUUCGGGGUGAUCAACGUCGAGGGCGAGGCCCCGAGCGUGGAGGACCUCCAGCGCCAGUUCGCCGCCACGCUUGCGUAGCAACACGGGAACCCGCCUGGCCUGUCCAUCCUGCUCCUCGCCGCCCACCAGACCACCCCAGCCCAGCCCGAAAGCCCCGAUGUCUCGUACCCCCCCCCAGCCCGAAGUUCGGGUCUUCGGGGGGGUGCGUUGGGGUGGCUCGGAAGGCAGUCAGCUCCGAGGCUCGGGUUUCUGCACGGCGCGCUGAUCGAGAGUUUGCUCUCUCUCUCUCUCUCUCUUUCCUGGCUGGAGGCGGCGGACACAUAUAAUCCACGCCCCCCCCCUUUGUUCUUGAGAGGUCGGCACAUGUGUAAAUCCCAGCCUCGCACUCGCGUGCAACCCGGCGCAGGGACAGGAAGCCAGUCCACACAAUGCCAGCCCUCCAGCCUGUGAAGGUCGCAUGGGGGCUGCGGAUGCGCAGCGCCGCUGCCCCGUCUGGGGCGCCGACCCGCCGAGAUUUUCCGCGCGAGUCAGCCUGGGCACCCCGGCCGAGGAUCAGCCUCUGUAUAGCGGGGCGGGGCCGCAGCGCGGCCCGCCGCGACGGCUCGGAGUGCCCCCGGCGGGCGGCGCGCCAGAA